AUGGAAAGUAUCCCGCAGCUACCACCCGGCACCACCUUCGUCAUUGCAGAUGACCCGGCGUUGCCGCCAGCUGUGUCCGAGCGACCGGCCAAGAAGUACCGCAACGCCGGUCGCAAGCGGGACCCAGUGUGGGACUUUACGACCGUGUUCCCGGACAAGCGCGUGGUGUGCAACCGCUGCCACGCUCUCAUCCACCGCUACGGCGUGGCCAAAGUGGAGCGCGUGCGCAACCACUUUGAGCGCAAAUGUACCGGCACACAGGAGCAAGUCAAGACGCUACGGGACAGAGAAGAGACAGCAGCGGUACGGGAGGUGACGCUGAGCUCCAAGCAGCCCAAGGUCACGCUCAGUGGCAGCAGCUACGGGAACAAGAGCGGCGCUUUCAAGCGCAAGUUUGCGUACUGGUUGUACGCAACGGGCCAAUGCUUUGACGACAUGGAAAACCAGCUCUUGUUGAGCGCUCUACGAGUGCUUCGCACUGACGUGACGCUUCCAACGAAGCACGAGCUCGAGAACGAGCUGCUGGAUCUGGAGUUUACGGCGUCGAAGACCAAAGUGACCAAAGCUUUGAGUGGCAAGAAAUGCUGCCUCACCAUUGAGCAUCGGGUGGAUGCAGGCGGAGCAUCUGUGACCACGUAUGGGGCAAUCUGCGAGGCUGCAUCGUACUACCUCGAGUCAAAAACUGACGACAGUCAGGAGAGUCGGGGAGAGUUGACGGCAGGUGAAGUGGAAGCAGUGAUGGCCAAAGAAAAGAAGGCCGAGUUUUACGGCAUUGUCACACCAGCUAUCACGACACUGUCCGCAUGCACUCGUGAGAGAGUCCAGAAGAAAUACCCACGGUGUACGUUCUUUCACGGCUGUGUAAGCAGCGCACUCACGUUGCUACUCAGCGAUAUCAAAAGCGUGCUGCCGUGGCUGAAAACGGUUCAAACGGCGGUUGCCGAGCUGGCACAGGUGUUUCAUGGAAACCAGAAGCUGCAGAUGCUCGUGUCAUGCUCCGAAAACAGCCAAACUAUGGAGUUCCCGGACUCCAGCUCCAUGUGCGCUUUGCUGGAGGCUUUACUGAAGCACGAGAAGGUGCUGUACGCCAUCGUCGCACGUCGAGACUUUGCAGACACUAGUGUUUCGGGCGAGCAAGAGAAAUGUAAGCGCGUGCAGGACUUUGUCUUGAGCGAAACAUUCGUUCAGGACCUGAUGAACUCCCUGGCUGUCCUUCGUCCGCUGCAAGAGCAACUGCGACAUUUCAUAAAUGAUCUGCCUCCAUUGUCACAAGUGUUUCCGUGCUUUGUCGAGCUUCUGACAGUGUACUCGGCAAUAGCGUGGGUGAGCAAGAAGGAGAAGGCACUCAUCACCUCUUGCGUGACUGAGCGCUUUAACGCUAUAUACGGUGAUUCUCACGGCGUGGCGUACAUGCUGGAUCCACUUUACUUGGGUCAAUUCUUAGAUGAACAGAAGAAGCGGAAUGUGGAGAGCUUUAUUGUUCGGUUCUGCGAAAAUGAGGGACAUGCUGUGGACAUUUUGACACAGCUAGCGAAGUACAAGGCGAUGGUAUGUGAACUGAAAGAGAACAACCAAGCGUACUGGCAGCUGCUACAGUCCGGUGCCCUUUCACCCCAUGACUUUUGGAUGGAACGCCGGGUGCAGUUUCCGUACUUGCACCAGCUGGCUGUAGCGGUAUUUGCGUUGCCAGCAUCAACCACAUCUCGGUCUUCCUCAUUUGGUGAAAAGGGCUUCAUGGUCCAUUCGCGAUAUCAUCGCAAGUUGUCACCAGACCAACUUCAAAAGCUUGCCCAUGUAUAUUGCAACUCAGAAAGGGGUGAAAGUGAGCCGUUGACGAUGGGUGCGUAG